GUUGGAAGCCCAGUGAGGAAAGGUGCUGCUCCUUGAAACGCGUCAACUCCUCUGCAAAUUAAUAAUAUUAUGGACUGGGCUGGGCAAACUGAAUGUCUCUCUCACAGUCACUCGGAGGACCACUUCCAUGGACACGGCGAGCAGUUGCACUGCGAAGGCCACGGACACGGACAUGGACACGGGCACGGCGGGCUGAUGUAUGGAUUCAGACCUGGAAUGAAUGGACAGUUUGCUCCAAGGACUGAAAUCAUUAUGGACCCCACUCAACAGCCACAGAGAAGGUCACACAUGGAUGACAGCAGCAGCUGGGACAUUGUGAAGGCAACUCAGUUUGGCAUCCUGGACCGCUGUAAGGAGCUUGUUGAAGCCGGACAUGAUGUGCGGCAGCCCGACAAGGAGAAUGUGUCCCUUCUUCACUGGGCUGCAAUCAACAACAGGACUGAGCUGGUGAAAUAUUAUCUUUCUAAAGGUGCCAUUAUUGACCAGCUGGGAGGUGAUCUGAAUUCAACACCCCUGCACUGGGCCAUAAGGCAGGGCCACCUCUCCAUGGUGAUCUUGCUUAUGAGGCAUGGAGCAGACCCAUCAUUGGCUGAUGGAGAGGGCUUCCGUGGUCUUCAUUUGGCUGUGCUCUUCCAGCACAUGCCCAUAGCAGCCUACCUGAUGGCUAAAGGCCAGGAAGUAGAUUUUCCAGAUCUUAAUGGACAAACCUCUUUGAUGUUGGCAGCCCAGAAAAUUAUUGGGCCGGAACCCACAAACUUUCUCAUCAAGUGCAACGCCUCAGUCAAUGCAGUGGACAAGGAGAACAUGAACUCCCCGCUCCACUGUGCCGUUCUGGCGGGUAACGUGGAUGCUGUCCACAUCCUUUUGGAGGCUGGAGCCAGUGUGGACCUGCAGAAUGCCAAAGGCUACACUCCCAUCGAUCUUGCCCACCAGGUGCACAGUCCACUGCUAGUGCACAUGCUGAACCAUGUGAAGCAGGAAAGGAUCAAGUCAAACUCCCCCUGCUUCAAGAUAUUCAGCAAGUAUAAGUUCCAGCUGCACCUGUUGUCUUUGACUGUUCUGUUGUGGGCUGUGGGAGCUAUCCUGGACCUGAACUCUGAGUCCUGGCUGCUGAAGGGUGUCCUGCUGGCCAGUGUUCUUGCUGUGGUGAACCUCUGCUCUCGACGGUUGACACAUCCAGACAUCAACAAGUUUUUUCCUGCCACCUUCCUGAUAGCCUCCAUCUUCUGGAUGCUAGUCACAUGGUGCCUCUGGUUCCUGCCUGAUGUGCCCAUUGCUACAGUGAAGAUCCUCUUCACCUUGAGCUCCACAGGACUGUUUUACUAUUACUUCAGAAGCUGGAGGACUGACCCUGGGCACAUUAAGGCCACUGAGGAGGAGAGAAAAAAGAAUGUGGUGGUGCUGGCCGAAGCUGGAUGUCUGGACCCCAGGGUUUUCUGCACUUCCUGUAUGAUGCGCAAACCGGUGCGAGCCCAUCAUUGCUUCAGCUGCGACUCUUGCAUCGCCAAGCAGGAUCACCAUUCUGUGUGGAUCAAUGGCUGCGUGGGAGCCAGGAAUCACGCAUACUUUGUUCUCUUCCUCCUCUUUCUCUCGGUGGUCUGUGCCUGGAUGUUCUACGGGAGCCUCAUCUACUGGUCAAAACAUUGCCAUCUGAACUACAAUGAGCAGGGGGCCUGGGGUGUGUUCACGGAGCUGGUUGGCUGCUCUCCCUGGGUGCUCUACAUUUUUACCCUCACCUUCAUCCACACAUCCUGGGCGUCCUUUUUUCUCCUAUUGCAAGUGUAUCAGAUUGCUGUCUAUGGGCUCACCACCUCGGAGAGAAUGAACCUUCUGCAGCGGAGGAGAAAACUGCCACAGUCCUUCUCACUGAGGCAGAACCCGUACAAUUCGGGUGUUGUCCGGAACAUGGUCAACUUCUUCCAGCUGCGUUGCUGUGGGCUCUGCAAGCCUGUCGUGGUGGACUGGACCCAGCAGUUCUCCUUGGGGCCAGACCUUUCUGUGGCCAGCGGCUUUAACACUGUCUGAUCUGAAGGGUCGCCAAGCCUCACACGAAGAGCUGGCUCUCUUUUGGUUAUGGGCUGUAGGCCCCGGUUUCUGUUCUCUUUGUAGAAAUCAGUUUAAAUCAAGGAGGAGAAGCCACUAAGAAAAGGAAGUAAGUGAUUUUAAAAAAAAUCAAGUGAUUUACUUUCAUAUGAACUGCCUUGUAAUAUAUAAAGGGAAUAUAAUGUUUAUACAUUUGAUGUUUAGAGGACCAUACCAUGUACUGUAUAAUUAUGUAUAAAGUGUGUUAAAUAUUUUAUAUAUAGGUAUAUUUUGAUUAUUUUUUUCAGGUUUAUCUUGUUUUG